CCGGCGGAAGUGACACAACCUCCCUCCAGGCUUUAGUGGGUCGCCGGGCCCCUCCUCCUAGAGCGGCCGCCUUUUCCCGCGCGAGCUACCUCGGUCGCUUGGGCCACCAGCGGGGAAACAUGGCGUCUGCUCUGGAGCAGUUCGUGAACAGUGUCCGACAGCUCUCAGCUCAAGGGCAAAUGACUCAGCUUUGUGAACUCAUCAACAAGAGUGGAGAACUCCUUGCGAAGAACUUGUCCCACCUGGACACUGUGCUUGGAGCUUUAGAUGUUCAAGAACACUCUUUGGGUGUCCUUGCUGUUCUGUUUGUGAAGUUCUCAAUGCCCAGUGUCCCUGACUUCGAGACACUGUUCUCACAGGUUCAGCUUUUCAUUAGUACUUGUAAUGGCGAGCACAUUCGAUAUGCAACAGAUACGUUUGCUGGGCUUUGCCAUCAGCUAACAAAUGCACUUGUGGAAAGAAAACAGCCCCUUCGAGGAAUUGGCAUCCUUAAGCAAGCCAUAGACAAGAUGCAGAUGAAUACCAACCAGCUGACCUCAGUACAUGCUGACCUCUGCCAGCUUUGUUUACUAGCGAAGUGCUUUAAACCUGCCCUUCCAUAUCUUGAUGUGGAUAUGAUGGAUAUCUGUAAAGAGAAUGGUGCCUAUGAUGCAAAACACUUUCUGUGCUACUACUAUUAUGGAGGGAUGAUCUACACGGGGCUGAAGAACUUUGAAAGAGCACUGUACUUUUAUGAGCAGGCUAUAACUACUCCUGCCAUGGCUGUCAGCCAUAUCAUGUUGGAAUCAUAUAAAAAGUAUAUUUUAGUGUCUUUGAUAUUACUUGGCAAAGUACAACAGCUGCCUAAAUACACCUCUCAAAUUGUGGGUAGAUUUAUUAAGCCUCUCAGCAAUGCUUACCAUGAGUUAGCACAAGUUUAUUCAACCAACAACCCAUCCGAGCUGCGGAACCUGGUGAACAAGCACAGUGAGACGUUCACUCGAGAUAACAACAUGGGCUUGGUGAAGCAGUGCCUGUCAUCUCUUUAUAAGAAGAACAUUCAGAGGCUGACAAAGACCUUUUUAACACUAUCACUACAAGACAUGGCCAGCCGCGUGCAGUUAUCUGGGCCUCAGGAGGCAGAGAAAUACGUUCUACACAUGAUAGAAGAUGGAGAAAUUUUUGCAAGUAUUAACCAGAAGGAUGGUAUGGUCAGUUUCCAUGAUAAUCCUGAAAAGUAUAAUAACCCAGCCAUGCUUCAUAACAUUGAUCAAGAGAUGUUAAAAUGCAUAGAGCUGGAUGAGCGACUGAAGGCCAUGGACCAGGAGAUCACAGUGAACCCCCAGUUUGUUCAAAAGAGCAUGGGCUCACAAGAAGAUGACUCAGGAAACAAGCCCUCCAGUUACUCUUGAAACUCACUCCCAUCCUGAAGUAACAGAGCAUUGGCUGGCAAGUGUGAAGAGGGCAGCAGGAAACACCAUGCUGGUUCCAUGCCGGUUCCUCCUGGACAGUCAGAAAUUCAGUUUUAACAUCUUCAGUCCUAUUGCUUUCAGAAAACCAUUCUCUGCAAAGAAAGAAAAAAAAUCCUACUUUAGAGUCUGUUGUGGAUUUAUUUAUCCUCAGAUUAUUGUUAUUGCAUUAAAGUUACCUUUUUGUUUAAUCCCUUGAA